CUUUUGGUGGUGGUGGUGGUGGUGCUUUUGGUGGUGUUGGCGGUGGUGCUUUUGGUGGUAGUGAUACUGGUGCUUUUGGUCCAGAUGAACACGAUGAUGCUGAUUUCGGUUCAGGUGAUCAUGGCGACAGUGACCAUGGCGACGGUAACCAUGGAAGUGGAAGUGGUGACUUUGGAUCGGGCAUUGACAAUAGUGGGGUUGACGAUGAAAGUGAUGAUGAUGUCGAUGAUGAAUAUGAGCAGCCUACUUUCCCAAAUAUUAAAAAAGGUUGUGCCAAGGGAUGCGCGAGGUGCUUCUUUGGUCUGUGUAAGCGAUGUAAAAAGGGAUAUAAGAAGUCAAUAUUCAUGACGUGCAUUAAAAGAAAACCGAAUAAAAAAACUUGCAGACAAAUACCGAACUGCAAAGUCUGUUCAGGGAUGUCAUGGCUGAAAUCAUGCAAACGAUGUGAAAAGGGUUGGUACAAGCACACCGGUGAAUAUGACAUCAGAGCACAAUGUGUGAAGAAGUGUCCUCGCGGAUACMAAGGCCAGAACAGCAAAAGAGGAGGUUUUUGUAAGAAAGCUACCCCAGAAGGCUGUGUGGACUAUUACUGCAGUAUGUGUAAGAAAGGAUGGUACAUGAUYCACAAMAAAGGGGACACCGAAUGCCACAAAMAAUGCCCUGCUGGCUAUUAUCCAAUGGGAAACAACUUCUGCAGCAAAUGCAAGAGAGGAUGCACGAAAUGUAGUUCGACAUUAAAAUGCGAGUCGUGCRCAAAAAGGCUUUCUCUMUUUACUCGUAUCUCCUGGGGAUCUAUUAUCUCCACGCGGUGUCUCGCGCGUUGUCCACGAGGAUACAAGAAGGAAAUUGUGAAAGGGAAAGGUUCUGUGUGUCGCCAAGUGUGUUUCGUUGCCAAUUGUCAAAGAUGUCCAAGGAAAGGCCACAGUGGACUGCAUCAUCACUGCGAUUCUUGCAAGCCUGGCUAUCACUUACUGCACGGAUUCACCGAUAAAUGCGUUAAGAAGUGUCCUAAAGGAUUCUACGCGAAAAAGACUCAUAUUGGAACGAUUUGCAGACUAGGAUCCCAACCAACGACUUCUAUGCCAACAACAUGGACACCGGAAACUACUACACCUCCCGAAGGGACUCUUCCGGCAACGGGUGAAACAACGACUUCAUCUGUUACCACAACAACUGAGCCCGACCUCAUGACGGCGAAGCCCGAGACUACAACGACGGAACCCGAGGAUACGACAACAGAACCCGAACCUACAACGAAUGAACCCGAGGAUACGACGACAGAACCCGAAUUUACAACGACGGAACACGAAUCUACUACAAUAACCUAUCCCACAGUAAUACCGGGUGAUCCUGAUUUCAGUGAGCCAGCCUUUGCUGAUGAACCCUGAACAYAAUAAAUGCAUGCAAGAUGUCUAGUAUGAUCACUAUUUCAAAGAUAAUUAGAAAAUGAUUAAACUUUAACCUWACGAAU